AGUUCCACGUUUUUCAGUUGGCAACAUUUAUGGCAGCGCCCACGGCGUCGAGGUUUGUGUUUGGUUGGUGAUGUAGUUCGCACAGUUCGGUAGCGGUGCACCUUUUCAACGGUCUUUGUGAGCUCGAUCGUGUGUUGAGACUUCAAAGAAUGGAUGUACUAAAAGCAGAGAUUGAGCGCAAGCGUAAAGAGCUGGAAAACAGGCAACUUGUCGGACCGCAGAGGAAGUUCUUCAAGCGGGAAGAGCUGAUCAAGCAGACAACCGAAGAGUACGAGCAGCGUCGUCGAGCCAAGCACCAAGACGAAGAUGACGACGAGUCGUCAUCGUCGCUGUCAGUGGCCAGCCUCCUCAAGAAGAAGCAGGAAGAUGAACGUGUACUUCCGAGGAAAGAGGUGAUCAGGCGCCUUCGUGACCGUUCAGAGCCCAUACUGCUGUUUGGUGAGACAGAGACGGAGGCCUUCCACCGACUGCGCCGCCUGGAGAUCCUGGAGCCCGAGGUGGACCGGGGACUCCGCAAUGAUUUUCAGGAGGCGAUGGAGAAGGUGGACCAGAUCUACCUGGACGAGAUCCUCAAGUCGCAGGGAAAGACCGAGGACGGAAAGUCGGUGCACGAUGUCAAGGUCGAGAACGACGGCACCACCUUGGAGGACAUACAGAACAUAGCACAGGAACUCGGUGAGCGCAGAAACAAGGGGAAAGAUGCUGAAAUGAUUCUUACUGCACUCAAGUUCAUCCUGCAGAUGUGGGGUGAAGCGCUCAACGCCCGGCCAGAGCCCGAGAAGACGUCGAUGCGGGGCAAGCUGGGCUCGGCCACGUACGGCCAGACGCAGUCGUACCUGCGGCCGCUGUUCAAGCGCCUCCGCAAGGGCACCAUCCCCGAGGACAUCCUUGAGCACCUGGUGCGCAUCGUCAAGAACAUGCUGCUCAAGGAGUACGUCAAGGCCAAUGAUGCGUACCUGCAGAUGGCCAUCGGUAACGCCCCGUGGCCCAUUGGUGUCACCAUGGUGGGCAUUCACGCCCGAACAGGCCGUGAAAAGAUCUUCUCGCAGAACAUUGCCCAUGUCCUGAACGAUGAAACUCAACGAAAGUUCAUUCAGGCUCUCAAGCGACUCAUGACCCAGUGCCAACGGCUCUUCCCGACCGAUCCGUCACGGUCCGUCGAGUACAAUGCCUGACGGAUGCACCCACUCCUUGGAAAUGUCUGCAGAAAUACCUCGAGCCGGCGGGCCGUGUUGACGUGCUCAAGGGCAGUGAUGGGGUCUGUGUUGGGACUGUUGCAUCCACAAACUCUUCGUGACACACCCAAAGAGCCUCUCCUGUGCACAUAACAUCCAAGUGCAAACAACUGCACGCAUGGGGCUCUUAUUGCAUCGUUGCAUAGGAAUGGCAACAGGACAUAUGUGCGACGUGGAUGCCAUUUUAUUUCAUUCCUGUGUUGUUAUCACUUUGCAAGUGUAUUAAAACUGCAAGCUUCACGCUGAAGAAAGCUUUGUGGCCAGGUUUCAUGGGCAGCCUGUGAAAUAAAGCCACAUAGCAGCGCGAAGCUGGACUUGACAUUUGGGUCUUUGUCAUAACGAUUGUCGACAAUAGUGCAUUCCACUGUCGCAAGUGUCAAAAGCCCCCGGACUUGGAUAAUGGUUGCUAUAGUGCAUUGUGGUAUCAGCCUCCUUUAAUAUGAAACUAUCCCAGGUGAAAUUACGAUUUCAAGAAGCUUUCAUAUUGAUGGCCGUACAUCAUCACCAGCCCAUGUGGAAACUCGUGCUGUUACCAUCUUGUGAUCGCAGUGGUAGCGAUGCUAAUAUGCUGUUGCAAAUGCUGUGAAUGUUAAAAUACGGCUGAAAUUACCUUGGUGAUAUUUUGAUUAGAAUUACAUCAAGUUCUGGUCACAUUAAUUCCAGCCCAUGCACAUUUGUUUAUGAAACACAUUGUGUAGAGCUGUCUGUUUAGCCUUAAAGUUAUGUACUAGUAUCUGCUACAAAAAGCCAAUACAAUGCUCAAAGCAUUUCUCUCAGCUAAAAUCUGUGAAAAGCAAGAUAUGCAUACAAAAGCCUUUCAAGAGUUAAGACUUCGUGCUAUUAUUCACAUUGCAACACUUGGCUGGUGUGUCAAAUCAUGUGAAUAAAAAUCUUAUCACAAUCUUGUUUCAGAAAUUUUAAGUAGUGCAUUUUUUUGUUGGCAGGUAGAUACUAAUCUGAUUCCAAGUGCAAUCACUCAGAGUUACAUCUGUGCCAUUGACUAAAGUGAAAAUACUAUAAAGGGGAAUGAGACGAAUUGUUAUAAAACAUUGUCCCUUGAAGAAAUUAAUAAUUUACGAUAUUUUAUGUGCCAAAACUGUCAUAUGAUUAUGGGGUACGCCAGAGUGGGUGUCUGAAUUAAUUCUGGUCGCUAAUGGGACACCCAAGGCAAAUACGGAGUCGACGUGGAUCUUUAAAACUAUUCUAGAAACAUCGCAGUGCUUGUUUCAUGUCAAGAAAAUGCUUCAUUUAGGUGAAAAUUUCAUUUCAAAGGCCCACAUCUAGAUUAGGCAAAAAACAGUGCACGCUUUAUGAAGACUGACAGAAGGAACACGAGGCACAGGCGCUGUGCCUCGUAAAGUGUGCGCUGUUUUUUGCCUGAUAAUGAACAACCAACUAGCUUGAGAUGUGUUAUUCAAGUCCACAUCUACAGUGAUGUCAAUCACCCAUCCCUGAGGAGGGAAGAAUGACAUCACAUAUGCCAUUUAUUGAUUAACAGGUGGCACUUCGGUUUGCUUGAAGGGACACUAAAGAGAAACAAUGAAU